UUGAUGUUCCGAAAUUUAUUCUUACGUUUUAUUUUUAAACCUCCACUUUCCCAAGCAGUUUCCAAACACCAAUUUUCUUUUCUCUUUCUUUCUCUCUGUUUCUCUCUUCUUUUUAAAUGCAAUGAAAAGCACAAGCCAAGCUUUCAUAUCUUAUUUCUUGUUCGAGUUUCUUUAAUGGAAAAGAAAAAAAAAGCUGAAACUUUGUAGAAAAAUUCGGUGUUCGAAUCGUGAGCUGUUUGAAUUUCGGAAUUGAUCGCUUUUGUUCGUGUAAAUCAAGCCGGCUUCUCCGAGGAUCAAACUUGUUUGUAUUUUCUGCAAAUUAAAAAAGUAUUUUCCUUUGCAGUUCAGAUGAAUAUAUAAAGAACCAUUCAUAAUUUCCUGUGUGCUUAAUAUUCGUAAGGAAAUAAGGAAUUAGAAGCAACAUUAAUCCUCCAUGGAUGCAAGCUCUGCUGCAACAUUGCCAACACAAGAAACUGAUUUCACAAUUCUAAAAGACACCCUCCGUUCACAGCAACAGCUUCUUCAAAAGCUAUAUUCCGAGCUCGACGUGGAACGAGAAUCCUCGGCGACUGCCACGAAUGAAGCCUUGUCGAUGAUACUUCGCUUACAAGGUGAAAAGGCAGCAAUGAAAAUGGAAGCAAGUCAAUACAAGAGGUUAGCUGAAGAGAAGAUUGGUCACGCUGAAGAAUCACUAGCAAUACUUGAAGAACUUGUGUAUCAAAAAGAAAUGGAGAUAUCUUCACUUGAGUUCCAAAUCCAAGCUUAUAGGUAUAAACUUUUAAGCUUAGGGUAUGAUGAUUUGAAUGAUCUCGAAUCACAGUUUAUGAUGAUUCAAUCGACCGAGAAAACCGAUGGAUUCAUUGGUGAAAAGGGUAUUAAAUCUACUGUUAAGAGACUUAGUUCUUUGCCUGCUAGUUUACAAAUAGGUUUUGGUGCUAAAAAGAAUAGUAAUGAUAGUGAAAACAAUCUGGGACCGGUACAAGAUUUGUGUUCGAGCGCGGAUACAGGGAGUUUCGAUAUGGUAGUUUGUGGUUUAGAGUCAGAAUCGAGGAGGAGUUCAGUGAAUUCAACGACCGGGGACUUUAAAUCUUAUUUGGAACAAAUCAGACUAUUGGACAAAAAGGUGAAAGAGAUUUCAGAUUGUGAGCUAAAGAAAAAUUCAGAUGUCUCAAAAUCUCAUGAAGAUCCAUUAGAAAGGUCCAUUUCGAGUACCGCUUGUUGCACUAGUAUUGUUCAUGAUAUCUUUGAAGUUACUGAAACCAGAGCGAAAAAGGAAAAAUGUAUCGGUAAGUCGGUUUUGGGAAGCGAUGAUCGGCUAACAAAACCGGAUUUGAUCAUGGAAGAUACUUUGGGAUUGCUUGUGAAAGACGAGAUUGAUUGCAUAAAGAUGAAUAACUUUUCAAGUGCAAAGCCUGAGAAAGUAUCAUGUAAACUAAGAGAUGGAUAUGGAACUGAAUGUGUAAAGGUUAAUAAGGUCCUAAGCGUAAACCAUGACAAAAGUUUAUAUAAUAAACUGAUAGAUCAUACAGAUGCUGAUUGCAAAUCGGGUCUUAUUUGCCAAGCUACUACCGAUGUUACCGACUAUCAGUCCGAGUUGAAACAACUUAGCCAGAGAGUUGAACAGCUUGAGAGUGGGAGAAACAAUGCAAGACAUGAUGAAAUUGUAGAAGCAAGGGAAGAGGAAUUGAAUUUGUUGAAGGAUGUAAGAGAACAGUUGAAUUUAAUACAAUCCGAGAUGCAAAGUUGGAGACCAAAGAAACUGGAACUGGCCUCUCGUUCGGCCGAGGUGGAUUUAGUUCCUCUUACAGAGGCAAUGCUGUACUUUUGGCUGUAAUUCAAGCAUUUGAUGUUGGAAUCAAUAUAUACAAGCACCACUGUAAAUCAAAGCAUGGCAUAGUGAGCUAAAAAUGGUGCACAUAUACUGUAUAUCUUUUGAUUUGCCCGUGAGUUUGUGAUUAAAAAUAGAUAGUUUUGCCUAUAAAAAGAACUUCGAUUCAAAAAUUGCUUUUUGGUUGAGCUUUUUCAUGUAUGUAUUUUCAUACAGGCAAAUAUUAGUCCCGGUUUCUCGAUGAAAGAAAAAACCGAGGAAAUUACCAAACUGUAUCUUAUUUUUGUGUUACCCAGACUCGGAUGUGAGGUUGGACAUGAUUGACGCCCUUUGAUUUUUUUUUUUACCUGUUUCGGGUUUCGAUAUUAUCAGAUCAAAAUAGCCUUUGAACCAUUUGAA